AUGUCUACCAAGGCUAAAGCCAUCGAUCAACAGGAUCUUCAAUUUGCCGGAUCUGAUUACGUUACUUCGAGUACCAUGGUCAAUGCUAACAACGCUACAAAACCUCCACAACAAUCCGGUUCAGCUGCCAGCUUUGACCUUGAUUUACUUGGUGCAGCUAUAUCGGAUACUAGUCAUGUCACGCAACAGCCAAAUAGUCAUAGUCAUAGGCAUAGUACCCGUCAUAUGGCUUCUAAGAAGAAUCAGACUCUAUCACUGGAGAACUUCCACUUGGAUCCCCAGGAUUUCCAAAAUUUCCUUAUGAUUAAUCCUCCUAUCAUGGAGUAUUCUCCUUACUAUUAUAUGAAGACUCCCGCUGGCAUUCCUAUUGAGCAGUCUCAACAACCUCAGCCUCAGCAGCCUCAGUCUCAGUCUCAGUCUCAGCAGCCUCAGCAGCCAUUUGGUGGCCCUGAGAACUACGGAUAUGCUCACUAUAAGGCUAACGGUGCCAAGCCUGUCCCCUCUGGAGUAGCCACUGGUCCCGCUAUCGGUGCUACCACCGGCCCCCCUGGCCCCUCUGGUUCGCACUUUGUCGACAACUUCCCUGAUGGUAUAGAUCCAUCCAUCGACGAGCAGUUCGUUGAAAACGUUGCUCCACAGACGAUCCCACAAGGUGCCCCCUUCGUGACAGCACCUGUGGAUUCUUCUGAAAGUGGUGACGUCUCAGGAGACUCUGGAUAUGUUAAUGGACCGCUGACGGCGUACCCUCCAGCUCCACGUAGACGUGUUUCCAUUUCUAAUGGUCAAAUCGGACAAAUAAGUAUGAUUGUCCAUCGCACUGAGGCUGAACAGGACCAGGCAUAUAUGGAAGCACAAUCUCAGGCUCACAUCCAAGGUUCUGGUAGAGGUCAGUCUAUCUCACCACAUCAAAUGGGACCAGGUCUUGGGCACCAGGCUUCGACUCAACUGCAACAAGGUCCAAGCCAACAGAAUCGGCAGGUAUUCUAUUCGCAUCAUCAACCACCAGCCUCACCGCAGCCUUUUAACGGUGGAGAAAUUGAAGUGGAUAAGGAUGGUAUUCCUAAAAGACAGUUACUCUACAAUAAUCAAGUGAUAUUUAAUCCAGAUGCGGGACCUAUUCCUGGUACAGCAGCUUGGAAAAGGCAACGAAUCUUGGAGAGAAAUAGAGUCGCUGCCUCCAAAUGUCGCCAAAAGAAGAAGAACCUUCAAAGAAGACUACAGCGGGAUGUGGAAGAACUCUCUAAUAAGAACCGGUACUUGGAACAGGUGAUUCUCAGUAUGAAGGAGAAACUGAAUGAUUACAUGAGUGCGAAUAAUAUACCACUUGAUAUACUACUGGGGCAAGGAGAUGAGGAUUUCCAUAGCCAUGUCAAGUCUGAAGAGGCCACGAAAAAGAACAGUGUCAGACUCUCUAAGAGUCAGAAGAGGGAUCUUGCAUUAAGUGUGACUACGGAUACACUACGAGAUAUUAUGUUGUCGGAUGGCAGUGACUUGUAUUACGGUCUGAAAGGCUCCGUUAAGCAUUGA